AUGGCAGCCGCCGCCUAUGUGGACCACUUCGCCGCCGAGUGCCUCGUGUCCAUGUCGAGCCGCGCGGUCGUGCACGGGCCGCGGGAGGGGCCGCAGCCCGGACCCGAGGGCGCGGCCGCUGUCGCCGCCACGCUGCCCCGCGUCGAAGAGCGCCGCGACGGCAAGGACAGCGCCUCGCUCUUCGUAGUGGCGCGGAUCCUGGCGGACCUUAACCAACAAGCGCCGGCGCCCGCCCCCGCGGGGCUGGAGCCGGAGCGAGAGCCGGGGCCCGCGGGGAGCGGCGAGCCCGGCCUCAGACAAAGGGGCCGGCGGGGUCGAAGUCGCGCCGACCUCGAGUCCCCGCAGAGAAAGCACAAGUGCCACUACGCGGGCUGCGAGAAAGUUUACGGGAAAUCCUCGCACCUCAAGGCGCACCUGAGAACUCACACAGGGGAGCGCCCCUUCGCCUGCAGCUGGCAGGACUGCAACAAGAAGUUCGCGCGCUCCGACGAGCUGGCGCGGCACUACCGCACGCACACGGGCGAGAAAAAGUUCAGCUGCCCCAUCUGCGACAAGCGCUUCAUGCGCAGCGACCACCUGACCAAGCACGCGCGCCGCCACGCCAACUUCCACCCGGGGAUGCUGCAGCGGCGCGGCGGGGGCUCGAGGACCGGCUCGCUCAGCGACUACAGCCGCUCGGACGCCAGCAGCCCCACCAUCAGCCCGGCCAGCUCGCCCUGA